AUGGCUGCCGUACAUAAGCCUUUUGUUUUCCCCGUGACAGGAAAUACUCUAAUAAGAAUGUGCCAGGAUGCCUACGAAGAGGGUCACAAGUCCCUUACAGUAGUUUUACGACCAAGAAUAACCAUAGUUGUCGGUGACGUGGACACAACGUGUAAAAAGCCCCGAGCAGCCGUGGAGGAGAAUGUUACUUACGAUAGGAGUGUCAGACACACUAACCCUGACAAAGCAGUUUCUCGACGCGCUGGCUCACACAGAAUGUAUGAAGAUAGACGCAUUGGCUCCGACGAUGAAAUUGGUUGGGGUAAUGUUUUUAAUAUUAGGAACAUCAACGAUAAGUUAAAUGAAGUUACGGAAGUUACAAACGACAAAGAAAAGAUCCAGGCACCCUUGGCUGCUUUGUCGGAAAGAUCAAGCGAUACUUCUGAGGUAGACAGUGAUGACGAUUCUGGUUUCGUAUAUAAACCAUCCGAUGAAAGAAUAAGGGCUUAUGCAUCAAGUUCAAAACAGGCAGCAUCGUUCGAAUCGGCAGGAUCUGUGACGACAGGAGAAACAACACGAAAGCCAUCAUCAGUUUCACCGUCACGAUCCUCUUCCUUCUCACAACCACAAUCGCAACAAUCGGCUUUCCAAUCUUGGCAAUCAUUCCAAUCAUCGACAUCAUCCAUAUACGAUGAUCCUGACGAUGUGCCAGUACAACAAGUAUCGGACUUAUCAAUAUCCAGCUUUAUCAAACCCAGGGAGAAAGAAGAGCUGGAGCAGCUCGCACUGUUUAGCGUCAGAAAUCCUUCAAAGGAACAUCGAUACCGUUUCCGGACCACACCAACAUUCUCGCAAAUGAAGGUGACAUUAGUAUUAGAUUACAAACGACUUGAGGAGCUCAAGUUAGGUGGUGGGAACAGAUGGUAUUUCGGUAACAUGCCUACAGUAAGUCAGAAACAACAAAUGUCUCAAAAUCUCAAGUGUGCAUAUCGCUUUGCAAAUGGUUAUCAAUAUUUCAUAGACAACCGCUUGCUGAACGAAAACGAAAUAAUAACACUUGUUCAAGCAAAUCAGAGAAGAUUCAUGCCAAAGAUACAACUUGCUAUACAAGUAUAUGACCUAUUUACAGAGCUGGGAGACAAAGCCUUUGAUCGCGCCAGUUCUAUGGAUUUGACUUUUCUGGGAAGAUAUAGCCUUAAUCAACACAGAAUGAUUUUAGAUUACGUUAAGCAAUAUAAGGUGGAGGAGCGAUAUAAGGUGGAUGAAACUGAUGGUAUUUGGGUCUCGGAGUCGGACAGUUCUGGGUUGUGGUGA